ACGGAGGGUUGCGAGACUAUCAGAUUAUCCAGUGCCAGUUCUAGUUAACGGUACCCAGCCAUUGUGUGGACAUUUCGACGUAGGGGAGACCUGCGUGCAUGUGCGUUGCUUGAAGGUUCUUGAAAAAUCUCUGACAGAAAUGCCCCCACACCCCACCCUGAACACGCACGAACAGCGUGGCCCCCUCUACCAGUUUGCGCAGUUACCAUUCUACUCUCAGCCCAUCGCCCCAGGCAGCUACUGAAACUCAUACUGUCAACGACGAUAACCUGACGUUCCCCUCGUACGAAGGAAUCAUUGCAAACUAUGUUACCACCGCAGAGGCCACUGAACAGGCCUCGGAAGGCUCUACCUCGCUCCGAAAUCAGAUCCACUGACAUCGUAAUUAUUGUAUUGGGAACAACGGGCUCAGGGAUGAGCAAUUUCAUCAACGUACUUACUGGCAUGAAAAUGGAGGAUGGAGCGAACGGCUACAUCUCUUGUACUGCGGACGUAAUCGCUUAUCCAUGCUACCAUGGUGGACAGCGCUACAUCUUCGUGGACACUCCGGGUUUCAACGCAACGUAUUCAUCGCAAAAGGAGGUAUUCGAAAAGAUAGCGAAAUGGCUGGCAGCGACAUACCAGGUGUCGAGAUUGCAGUUCAACGGCGUGAUCUAUACACGUCGCAUCACGGAAGCCAGGUGUCGUUCUGAACGAAGCAGCUUCCAAGUGUGUGCCAAUAUAGUUGGGAACGACGCUGCUGACCGCGUACGCCUGGUGACCACGAUGUGGGAUGAACUUGAAGACAAGUCAGCUGCGGAGAGCAUGGAAAAUAAGUUGAAAGAAGAGCAAUGGCAAUUGCUCAUAAAUGGGGGGGCAACCUGUCAAAGAUUUUUCAAUACACCAAGCUCAGCAUGGGAUAUCGUGGAGAGUUUAGGAACGGAGAGAAAAGCGAGUCUCUUACUUCAAGAAGAGUUGGUUGAUAUCAAGAAGCCACUAAAGCAGACAACUGCUGGGAUGCGGCUUCACAAGGAGUCUCCCGCUUCUCUCGGAGGUCUGCUAAAAAGACUUUUUGGAAUUUAGUGCAGACAAAAGCGUUUCGCUCUUGGAUAUUCCACUUUGUUGCAAAUUCUCAGAGGGCUCGACGAGGCAACGAUGAAGCGUUGUUGUGGAUCGACCAUCCAGCCGAGUACUGCGUCCACACACUUUUGCAGGGUAUUAUUUCCAGGUGGCUCCUGGUCCUGUCGAUUCAGGUGUCACAGAAUUGCUUGCCACUCUGCUAGACACUGUCUCCACUACAUGUUCACGCUGGAUCCCGUAGGAGAGAGAUGGACAUUAGGUGGCCUUCUGCCGGGACUGCACAGGCUAGGUUUUCGUAUAUUUGAUAGCACUGUUUUCUUUUGCUAUUCGAGGACUUUGGUCUGAAUUCCACUCGUGGAAUGCCUCCUGUGUAAGACUGCAUUCCAGGUUAACC